CGAAUCGUUUUGCUCCCGCCGCCGUCGAUUGCCCGCUCGUUGGCCGGAGCGCGUGGAUCCGUCGGGUGAUGCAGUGCAGUCCCUAAAGGGGACCUGUCAUUACGCAUCAGGUCACAUCCCGUAACGAUCCGUUAUUUGAUGUGACCUUCAUGGUCUUUUCCGUUGGUCUCAAUUGCACUUCUUGCGUCAUUAUGUAUGUGUACCUGCCGGGGCCACCGGCGCAUCGCCCGCUGCAAGUGCUACUGCUGCCGCGUCGUCAGCAAGUGCUACUGCGGCAGCUAAUAUGGACUCUAGCUCAGGUACUGGUGCUGGGGCUGGGGCCGGUACUAGCGCAGACGGCACAGGAGAUGGGUCAAUGCGCCGUCGUAGACGUCACUGGAGCUCGAGGGAGCCCAGAGAACAGGAGGAUAUGGUCGCGAACUAAUCCGUGGUUCUCAUUCCUUGUGCAAAUGUUGUAGAUAUCGUUAGAAUCAGUCAGGCACUGUUCAUUUUUCAUUGUGUGUUCGCUGCUGUUCACUUGGAAACUGAAGGCGGGGUUAUUGCCAUUGGCGAUGGCUU